UAUAUAUAUGAUAUAGUUGUCCCAAAAAUUCUACUAAAUUUGCUAUCAACAAUUCGGUUGUUUUGUUAUUAUGGUUUUAACAUUAGUAAUAGUAGUUAAAGAACAAACCAGGCAAAGUACGUCACUUUCAUCUACCCCUUUCGAGAUAUAUCUGGCGACUGACCGAUUGAUGAUGAGCGACUACAAGUACAUGUUCAAGAUACUCAUUCUGGGUGACUGCGGCGUGGGCAAGUCCUGUCUGCUGAUGCGCUUCUCGGACGGUCGAUUCACAGGGAAGUACCUGUGCACGGUGGGCGUGGACUUCAAGGUGCGCACCGUUGAGGUGGCCGGCCAGGUGGUGAAGCUCCAGAUCUGGGACACCGCCGGCGAGGAGCGCUUCAAGUCGGUGCUGCCGGCCUACUAUCGCGGUGCCCAUGGCAUUCUGCUCGUCUACGACACCACUUCGGCCAGCAGUUUCCAGAGCAUCGAUGGCUGGCUGGAGGAGAUCCAUCGCAAUUGUCCGGACAGGGUCAACAUCCUGCUGGUGGGCAACAAGUGCGACGACCUGGAGCGCCGCCAGGUGAGCCAGCAGCAGGCGGCCCACUACGCUGAUUACCGGACCAUCGCCUUUCGCGAGGCCUCCGCCAAGAGUGGCGCCAAUGUGAAUCACAUAUUCGCCGCCUUGGCAGUCAAUAUUUUCAAUCGCCUGGUGGCCAAACCCUCAGCUCCCAGCCGAAUGCUGGGCGGGCAGGACGCAAAGGACGACGACAUGGAGAAGCCACCAGCUCCCAAAAUCCGGCUGGCGGGCUCUCAUCGCCUGCGGCCCAAACAUGUCGCGUCUUGCUGUUGAGAAACUUGCUUCUUAUAUAUUUUCUUUAAGUUUUUUCUUUUCU